CGCCCGCCGCCGGAGCCAGCUCCGCGCUCUGCCUGGCGCUCGCACGGGCUGCAGAGGGGUGGCGGGCAGUGCUGGGGGGCGGUGGGGGCCCUGCGCUCAGGGCCACCCCAGGGGUGCCCAGGCACUCGGCUCCCGGAGAAAGGAAGCAAAGAAAAUAGGCUACCCGAGUGGUCCUGGGGGUGAUCUCUCCCAGGAAAGCUCCGAGCGCCCGGGCAUCCUCUGCCUGGGGCUCCGCUGUGAAUGGUCUCUGGCAGCUGGAGGCAGCGGGCAGCGCCGCCUCUCUGCGGGCCUGGCCGGGGUCCUUUCCCCAAACGCGCCUGGCCCGGGCGGCUUUUGCGCUUCCGAGCCGAACCCCUGCUGCGCGGCGGCGGCCGGCUGGCCUCAGGCGCCCCGCUGCGCUGCUGGCGAAGUCCGCGCGUUCCCAGCUCCAGGGGCUCUGAGAGCGACAACCCCAAGGCAAGGGCGUUUGGAGAGCUGCGGAGGAGCCAGGGGCUUGGAGGAGCGAGACAUGCAUUUUCAGCUGCGUCUGAAAAGGGGAGAGUUCCCUGUCACCAUCAGGGAAGCAACAGCCCUGACAUGUGACUGCAAUUGAGUAGCAGGGCAGAGGCCUGGGGGGGGGGGUCCCUGGAUGGAUGGCUUAGAAUAUACUAAAAAGCCAAUAUUUUCCUUGGGGAAUUCAGGGGCCAGCUGGUGCCGGUGACAGUGACCUGGAGCAAGGGAGUCGGAAGACAGUUGUAGGAAGCAAGAGGGACUUUCCUGGGGACUGACUUGGACUGCCGACAGGAGGCUCCUGCCACACCUGGUCCCUGCCGUGCUCUUCGGGGCGCUGGGGGAAGGGCCUCCACCCAGGGGAGCAGGCCGGGGAGCAGGGGCAGCUCCUGGACUCUGGCGGCCCCUAAUCCCUGCUCGGAACUUGAGGGUGUCACAGCCCCGCAUGUGCUGUCCCUCAGGAAGAUGAGGACUCUGAACACCUCCACCAUGGACCGGGCCGGGCUGGUGGUGCAGAGGGACUUCUCCUUCCGCAUCCUGACGGCCUGUUUCCUGUCACUGCUCAUCCUGUCCACCCUCCUGGGCAACACGCUGGUCUGCGCUGCUGUCAUCAGGUUCCGGCACCUGCGUUCCAAGGUGACCAACUUCUUCGUCAUCUCCUUGGCUGUGUCGGAUCUCUUAGUGGCCGUCUUGGUCAUGCCCUGGAAGGCAGUGGCUGAGAUUGCUGGCUUCUGGCCCUUUGGGUCCUUCUGUAACAUCUGGGUGGCCUUUGACAUCAUGUGCUCCACGGCGUCCAUCCUCAACCUCUGUGUGAUCAGUGUGGACAGGUACUGGGCUAUCUCCAGCCCCUUCCGGUAUGAGAGGAAGAUGACGCCCAAGGCAGCCUUCAUCCUGAUCAGCGUGGCGUGGACCUUGUCUGUCCUCAUCUCCUUCAUCCCAGUGCAGCUCAGCUGGCACAAGGCAAAACCCACCGGUCCCUCCGACGGGAAUGCCACAUCCCCGGGCGAGACCGUAGACAACUGUGACUCGAGCCUGAGCAGGACAUAUGCCAUUUCAUCCUCCCUAAUCAGCUUCUACAUCCCUGUGGCCAUCAUGCUUGUCACCUACACCAGGAUCUACAGGAUCGCCCAGAAACAAAUUCGGCGCAUCUCUGCCCUGGAGAGGGCAGCAGUCCAUGCCAAGAACUGCCAGACCGCCACAGGUAAUGGGAAACCUGUCGAGUGCUCUCAGCCCGAAAGCUCUUUUAAGAUGUCCUUCAAAAGAGAGACCAAAGUUCUGAAGACUCUGUCUGUGAUCAUGGGGGUGUUCGUGUGCUGUUGGCUGCCUUUCUUCAUCUUGAACUGCAUCUUGCCCUUCUGCGGGUCCGGGGAGACCCAGCCCUUCUGCAUCGAUUCCAUCACCUUCGACGUGUUUGUGUGGUUUGGGUGGGCCAAUUCCUCCUUGAACCCCAUCAUUUACGCCUUUAAUGCUGAUUUUCGGAAGGCGUUUUCUACCCUCUUGGGAUGCUACAGGCUUUGCCCUGCGACGAAUAACGCCAUAGAGACAGUUAGCAUCAACAACAACGGGGCUGUGGUGUUUUCCAGCCACCACGAGCCCAGAGGCUCCAUCUCCAAGGAGUGCAAUCUGGUUUACCUGAUCCCGCAUGCCGUGGGCUCCUCUGAGGACCUGAAAAAGGAGGAGGCAGGUGGAAUAGCCAAACCCUUGGAGAAGCUGUCCCCGGCCCUGUCGGUCAUACUGGACUAUGACACUGAUGUCUCCUUAGAGAAGAUCCAGCCCCUCGCGCAGAAUGGACAGCACCCAACCUGAGCUGCUGCAUGCUCCUGCCCACCCCCAAAGCUGCAGCAGGUUUGUCUGGGGCUUGCUGUUAAGAAACUAAGGCAUGGCGAGACUCUGGGUGUCAGGCCAGCCUUCUGCUGCUUUCCAACAUGCAGCUAUAUUUUCAGAUACAUCCUAGUGUGUUUUCUGUGUUGUUCACGGUCAAGCAAACAGGGACACUACAAACAUGGGAAGCUAUGAGGGACAUGUCAUUGCCUCCCAAAUUGCUUUUAGAAAUUUAUUCUUAUCUUAGGACUUUAAAAAGAGGGCAAAGAAUCAGCAAUGAGCAGCUUCACUUGAAAAAAAAAUCAAACCUUUCUGGGAAGGAAAUGAGAAGGGUUGAGUUUGCUGUAUACAAACAGGUGCUAACACGGUCCCAAGCAAAGUUUCCAUAUUGUAAAGGUAGGUGCAUGCCUUCAUAAAUUAUUUCUAAAGAAUAAUUGAGGCUUACAGUAGGAAUGGGAUUUUUUUUUUCUUUCAGAAUUGAGAGAUGCUUUGUUGAUACUGGUUUUAUUUAUUUGUUGUAUUAUAUGUAUAUUUUUAAUUUAUUAUAAUAAUAAUAUAUUUAUCAUAUUUAAUAGGAUAAACUAAUGAGUCAUCUGAGACCUUACAACCACAUUUUUGUCCAUGUAACUAGAACUUUGUAAGCCAGUGAAACAAACACCCUGACUCUGAGAGAUUCUAAAUGAUCAUGUGCAACUUCUAGAAACAUAGCAAAGACUGAUCCCUUAAAAUUUACUGACACAAACAAAUGUGAGGUGAGAACUGAUGAAGCUGUGAAUGCUUCUUCUUUCUAAGAAGAUUUUGAAAAAAAAAAUCUAAAAAAGUUGGUUACUAUGAUGUUCAGAAUUUCUUAAACGGCAAAAACUUUCCCAGAGGGAUUUGUAGCUCUGUAAAUAUCUUAAAUAAAAGCCAGCUGAAAAGAGUCCAACUUUAAAUCUAUGAUCUUAAGUGGCAAUGAAAAGUAUAUGCCACUUUGUAUUUAUGUAAAAUAAUUGGCUCCCUUCUGUCUUUUCUCAUUUCAUGUGUCAGAUAGCUUUUCUGAAAAGCAAGCAAAUGGCUUUGCUGGAUAGAGAUGUGGAAGGUAGCAGCCCCACUGACACACAGAGCUCAAACCUCUGUCUUACCAGGUCAAAACAAGCCAGUCAGUGGGGCUGCUUCUUGUAGUGCUUUAAUCCGAACUUAGAACUGAAUUUUUUAAAAAGUCUUCAAAUGUUAGUGGUAUAUUAAUUGCCUCCCUAGCAUCCUUGAGUGGAGGAAAAAGGAGAACCCUUCUCUUUGGGUGUGUUAAGCACUCCGAAGCCGUCAGCAUCUCUUCUGACAAAUGCUCUUCCUUUCUCUGUGCUUUGGAUUCAGGUCCCUGUGUCAUUCAUUGCCUGGACUGUAAAAAGUAGCGUUAGCCUUCUUUGCAGAUGCUAACUCAUGUGGGGCAUUUCGAGAGUUUCUCUGAAAUGUCUACAAAGUAUUCUUCUUGAUAAGCAACUUAGUUAACAUUCAGAUGAAAUCAGUAAAAAGAAAAAAAAAAAUCUAUUGAAAAAUAUCUCCUGCAUCAGGUCUGUGUAAUUUAUGUAUUGUGAAUGUUUUCUUAAUUUUAUUGGCUGUAUGCUUUCUUACAUAUAAUAAAACUAUUUUGUGAACUCAAAUCAACCCCGAAUGAGCUCCGUUGCUUUUGCUAAAUGUGCUUUAAAAACUAGGAUGUUUCAGAUCUACAAGGAAGAAAAACAUAGGGAUUUUCAAGUAUACAUUCCUUUUUUUAAAAAAAAAAAAAAUGGAAAUUUCUUCUUGUCAUGUGUGCCAUGGGUUGCCUUUGACUAUUUAAACAGAAAAUGUUUUCUGAUUUGGGGUAUAUACCCGCUUUUUUUCUUCUGUCUUAACAUUGUUUUUGACAAAGAAAUCUCUCUUCACUUGAGGAAUGACUCUACUUUUCAUUUCAUGAUUUGAAAGCUUUCUAAAGUCUCUGCUUUUUCUGUCGAAGAACCUAUUUCAAAUAAAAUGAAAAUUUCAGAAAAGACUGUGGCUUUCUUUGGGGGUUGUGGGACUUACAGCCGGUGGCAACUAUUAUACGUGUUGUGUUCAUUUUAAAAGUAAAAUAAAACGGGAUGUUUUUUUUCCUGGAGAAAAUCUACAGGUUGUGCUGCUGGGCUUAUGGAAAUGUCCCACAAGGCACAUCCUAGGUCCAGCGGAGGCUACUUAGUUAACGUGCUGUGCUAAGUCAUUUUUUUCUCACCCUGGUGAAGGAGAAUGACUGAGUAGCAGGUGAUGGAGAAAUUAAGGGUGAAGUUUAUAACUUGGAAGAUCACACGACAGAUGGUGUCUUUUUAAAUCCCGUACUUGCCUUCCCCGGGCUGUGGCAUAUAAUGAACACAUCUAGAACGAGCACCCAUGAAGCGUGAUGCCUUUUCUUUCUGUUUCAUAACUUUCUGGAUAUCUUUAUUCUUCGAAAUCUAAUUUUGUUCAUAAAUUAAGAGUCUCAGCAACAUCAAGCUACAAUGCUCAGUCCGGUUUGUCAUUGUCUGGCUAAUAAAACGUGACAGAAAAGCUUUUGUCAUUUAUUUCAGUGGCAAAAGAGUAAGAAAACGAAUGACAUGUCUAGAAAUUAUGUUAAAUAAUUGUAACAUUCAAUACGCUUUGAACGAGACUGUACUUCGGGAUUCCUGGCAUAUUUGAUUGAGAAACAGCGUCUUUAUGGAAUGUUAAUUUUGCUGAAUCUUUCGGAGAAUUUGAUAUUACAACUGUAAAAGCGAAAGUGCAAUGAAAUGACUUUCAUUUUUAACCAUAGCGAUGAGCCUUAAUAAUGCUAAAUCUAUGUGAGACCCCUUAACAGAGAGAAAAACAGUUUAAAAGAGAUGUUCUUUUCCCUUCUCCAUCUUCCCACCUCUCCUAAUCAAAUAUAUGCACAGCUUUCUGGUGACUGACACAGCAGGAAGUCUUUUGGGAGGGGACUGGGCACUGGGCUUCCAUCAGGAGUUUUUGGGUUUAUUUAGGAAAGUAGCUGCUUUCUCUUGGGAUCUAAGGAGUGGAGCUCUCUGAGUCUGGGUUCAAUGUCAUCGCUUUUGGGAGUGGUCACCCCCAAAAGCAAAUCUAUGUGUCAUCCAACGUCCGUGACUUUCUGAAGUCUCCAAUCUUUGGGUCCCCACAUGCUUUCUUCCCGGGCCUGCUCCGGGGGCGGGGUGGGGGUCUCAGUCCCGGCCCCCACUUGGAGACCGGCCCACAGUUGGAGACCUGCAAUGCAGAAAGCGCAGGCUUAGUUUCAGAGAGAGGAGGGCUCACAUCGCAGCUGAGGCUUUUGGCCUGCGUGAGGAUAAACA